AUGGGCGACCUGGCACUGACCGCGGCGCUGUUUUUGCUGCCGUGCGGCAUUAUCAUAAAGCGCUGCAUAGCAGACGGAUCUCUGUUCUCUCUGCACCCGCUACUAAACGCGGUGGCAAUGCUUGUUUGCUUUCCCAGUGCGUUACAAGUCAUGCUUCAGCGCAAGUACGAAACGAAUCAUCUGACCCGUGUCUGGCUGACCAAGCUCCAUUUGUUCCUAAAUGUGUCCGCUGGAGUCUUGAUGAGUGCUGCAGGCAUUGUUGCGUUUAUCACCAAGCAUGACACGGGGAACGAGCAUUUGGCAACGCCGCACUCGUGGGCGGCUGUGUGGAGCGAUGAUACUCACGCACUUACAGGUGUGUUGAUUUACGUUGGUAGUGUGCUCACCAUGCUUUACGGUCUGCACACAAGCUCAUGGGGCGUUCAGAAUCUCUCGUCGACACUACAGUUUCAGCUCACCAUGCUCAUUAUCGCAGCGCACGUGACACUGCUGUAUAAAGCUUUGAAGCUGCAGCGCCGAAAGGGUAUAGAGCAGCUAAAAAUGGCUAAGAUGGCUUAA